CGAUGGAGAGGGGUCGUGGUGUGAGGAAUGCUUGUAAUGUAAAGUAAAACCCUGUCGGCCGAUGUUCCUUCCCGGCUGUCACUGGCACUAAAAGUUGUUAGAUGUUCAGGACGGUUGUCUUUUUUAAAUUAUCGAUAAAUAAAUAGAAAGGGAGGAAGUUCGAGGCCCGCCCCCUCCCCUCCUUCACGUGAUUCUAUCGGAGAUGGCGGCGGCGGCGGCGGCGGCGGCGAUGGACGAGGAGUUUGAGGAUGCCAUAGACGUGGAGCCUCUGGAGCCCACCCUGGCUAACAUCAUCGAGCAGAAGUCCCUCAAGUGGAUCUUUGUGGGUGGGAAAGGAGGGGUGGGCAAAACCACCUGCAGCUGCAGCUUGGCCGUGCAGUUAGCGGAGGUUCGAGAGAGUGUGCUGAUCAUUUCUACAGAUCCAGCCCAUAAUAUCUCUGACGCAUUUGAUCAGAAAUUCUCCAAAGUACCAACCAAAGUGAAAGGCUAUGACAAUCUGUUUGCUAUGGAAAUCGAUCCAAGCCUGGGAGUGGCCGAAUUACCUGAUGAAUUUUUUGAGGAAGAUAAUAUGUUGAGCAUGGGUAAGAAGAUGAUGCAGGAGGCGAUGAGUGCGUUCCCAGGCAUCGAUGAAGCUAUGAGCUACGCCGAAGUCAUGAGGUUGGUGAAAGGCAUGAAUUUCUCAGUGGUGGUGUUUGACACGGCACCAACAGGGCACACACUACGACUCCUGAACUUUCCAACUAUCGUUGAGAGGGGGCUUGGGAGACUAAUGCAGAUUAAGAACCAGAUCAGCCCUUUCAUCUCCCAGAUGUGCAGUAUGCUUGGACUCGGUGACAUGAAUGCAGAUCAACUUGCAUCGAAGCUAGAGGAGACCUUACCCGUCAUUCGUUCAGUCAGCGAACAGUUUAAAGACCCGGAACAGACCACGUUCAUCUGUGUGUGCAUUGCCGAGUUUCUGUCCUUGUACGAGACAGAACGACUUAUUCAAGAGUUGGCCAAGUGUAAAAUCGACAGUCACAACAUCAUUGUAAACCAACUGGUGUUUCCAGAUCCAGGGGAGAAACCAUGUAGGAUGUGUGAAGCUCGACACAAAAUCCAAUCAAAAUAUCUAGAUCAGAUGGAGGACCUGUAUGAAGAUUUUCACAUAGUGAAGCUCCCGCUGUUACCUCAUGAAGUUAGGGGCACCGACAAAGUCAAUACCUUCUCUAAGCUCCUGCUUGAGCCUUACAAACCACCCAGUAAAUGAACAGACUUCCCUCAUUCCGUUUUGAGACUGAAGCAGAGAAAUCUGAGACUUGUAAUUUAUUAACACUACGUUUGUAGGAAGGAGCAUGGGGAGGGGAUACUUGGAUGUUAUUUAUUGUACUGGCCAGAUUUUUUUUUUUGGUUAUUGUAACUUUAAGGAGGUGAUUUUGUAUUGCCUACAUGUGGUUUCAACAGGUUGUGUCAAAGCGGGGGUUGUAGAACGAAGCAUUAUAGAUCUAAAGCUUUAUUCUGUGAUUGAUGACUUUAAAGGAAAUGGCUUUUAAGCUUCGACUCCCCCCCCCCUUGAUGUUUUUCCAUCCUCUUUCAAGUGAUCCCAUGACUUGAGGACCCGACGCAGCCUCUGGCAUCCCCCUACGAUCCAGAGGUUCAGUCACAGUGGCAUAGUUUUCUUGUUUCUCUAAUUCAGCACCUCCAAAAGGAAGUGAAUGGUUUACCACAAGUGCAGCAAUUGUGUUAGGAAGCAACGGUGACCACCCCACCUCCCCCUCCCCUCCCCACCCCACCCCCUUCCACAGUUGCUGCUACUGGAGAAUAUGACCUUAGCGUUGUGAAACUAGCCCAUUAAACACUUUGACACAGGCAACUCUCUUUCGUAGAACUCUGUUGUUUAUGAAUGGGAGCCUACUGCCCAAUAUUAGGCAACGAGUUCUCAUUUUUGUUACUAUUUCAGCACUCUUAAUGAAUACUAUGUACGUUACAUCAGCAUGUUCCUUAUUCCACCCACCUCCCCCAUAAGGUAUCUUAAUAUAAGCAUGCUGACUGCAUCUUCUAUCUCUCGCAGGCCAUGGGUUACAAUGAGAAAACUAUUCUCAACCUAACACUGACAAGAUAACUGAUUUUUUAAACGUAAUACACAUUUUUUUAACCGGUAUUGCUUGUUCUGAUGUUGUGGGGCCUUUGGUUUGGUUUACUGCAUCCUACACUUGAGUCAAACUGUACCUGUGUUGAUGUGCUUUAUGGGAUUGUUUUUUCCAAUUGGAAAAGGUUUUAUUUUCAAUCUGAAGAAAAUUUUAAUGAAGAAAAUGGUUUAUGAAGAACCCAUGCAGACCUGGUAUUUUUCAGACAUGAUCCUGUUGUUGCAUGCAGUCUACUUCCAGGUUCCCUUGUCGAUUCCCUCUUUUUUGAGGUUGUUCAUGGUCUGGGCCAGAUGUGGUUGGUGGUCACUUGCCUCUGAAGAUCUUUCCAUGAGUUAGGGGUCAGCCUUACGAGUGGACUGUGUAUACUUUCAAGACAAUUGUCUUUUCAUCUCCUGAGGUAGCUCAGCCAGUUGAAAUAAUGAGACACAGCAGAUCAGAAAGAUCAAAUGAUUGGGACAGUGCAGGGGCCAAAGAAAUACGAGGUCUGCCAAGGCAGAAGUGGGCAGGCCACACUGGCUUUGAACUAAGAAUGAGGGCAAUUAACUGCGCUUCUUAUUCCUGGUCCACAUCUUUUUUGAUAAUGAGUAUUUGAUAUCGCUCACUGAUCUGACAUCUGUGAAUACCCACUUGGUACAAGAAUACCGUUAAAGGGUGCCUGGUGCGCCCCCGACAAUCAACACCAUUUUUUGGGGCCAGGGGGUGCUCAUAAUUUGGGGGAAGUCAAUAAACACCGAACUAUUCAUGGUGCUCUCACUGCACGUGUGCAUUGCGAUCGUUCUUAACAGUAGUUUGUGAAGCCUUUGGUGACUUGUUUUGAGUCCAUAAUCCUGGGAAGGUUAAUAAAGUCACAAAGCAGACUAAAUACUAUAGGAGCAUUAAGCCAGUAACUACAAUGUGCAUUUAGUUUCCCUCAAAUACCAGGGACUGAAAUUUGAAUGAAUGAUCUGCUCUGACCCAGUUCGUAAGCCGACAGAUAGCUCCCCAAAAGUUAUAGUGACAGUUGAAGCUGCAGUUGCAUUUAUGUUUUAAUGUUGCAGCUGCUGUGGUAGGGAGGGUAAUGAAAACAUGCCAAAUUUAUUUUAACGUACUAGAUUAACCAUCUCCUGCCUUCUGCUCACUUGAGGCGAUUGUCUAAACUACUUCGGUCAAUUGGGAGGCAGGUCCAUUGCAAUCGGUGUUGGCUGAGUUUUAACCAACCCAAACCUACUGCAGUAGACCGGGCAGAGAGAAGGGGGAAGGAUACAUAAGGAGGAAUGGUUUGGUUUUUAAAAAGAAGUAAAUUUAUCCUAAUCUGCAAGUGACGAACUUGACUUGUGCAAUUUCAAGUUUCUUGUUUAUACGUAGACUAGUUUCUGAGCCCAUCUCCAAAAGUUACUUAAUGCAGAGUGACCGUUUAGGCUCCCCCAGUGUAACUCAUUUGAGUCCAAAUAAGUGGCAUGUAACUGAGUAGUUCCCAAUCUGUAUCACAUUGGCUGAACUCGCCCCAGUUAUAGGAGAGACCCGGCACACGACCUCGGAAAGUAGGGCUGGAGAAGAGAGUCAGCCAGGACCCCCGCUCCUGACGACCCUUGUUGGAAAUACAUAUUUGUAGCUGACUGGUGAGAGUGGGAUCAGGCAUGAAACGACCAUGCCUCGAUGAAUCAAUAACUUGUGACACUGCGAAGAAUGAUCACAGGGACCGGAUACUGGAAGGUGACGAAUGACCAUAACCAGACUCCCACCUUCAGGAGAAGAAAGAAAAUUAGCAAAGUUAACGCUACCUUGUUAAAGUAGCAGCAUUUCACACUAACAGCUAUUAAUAUUCCUUAAGAGUUGCUGUAAUGAGUUGAAAAUUUGAAAUACUACAAGGAUUGAACUAAACAUUAAAUUGUUUGUAUUGCUUACAAUUCUUUGUGGGAUGGAGAUGGGGUAUGAUUAAAAAUCUUGAAAUAUA